GGGGCUGGGGCCGGGUGGCGGUGGAGCUGAGCCAUCCAGUGCUCUCCUGGCGACGUGCACAGAAGAAGAUGCGGUAGUUCUUAGCAAAACCUCAAUUCCAAGCUUCUGAAGGGUUGUUGCUAACUGUGAGUCAAAGAGCCCUUUGGUGACAGAAUGACAGUAUGGAUAUUGGGGAUAGUCCCCUUCUCCCAGACAGCAUCCUCUAUGAGAUUUUCCUGUACCUGGACCACGUAGAUGUGCUCUCAGUGGGGUUGGUGUGUCGGCAAUGGCAUGCGGUGGCCCGGGAUGAGUUCCUGUGGAAGGAGCUGUUCUAUAGAUACUACAGGGUCUCUCGGGAAGUGCCACGGCACCCAGCUGCUGUUUCCUGGUACGAGGACUUCCAGAGGCUCUACGACACCAUCCCCUGUGUUGAAGUGCAAACCCUGACGGAGCACAAUGACCAGGUCUUACACCUUAGCUUCUCCCACACAGGCUACCUGUUUGCAUCCUGCUCCAAGGACUGCACAGUUAAGAUCUGGAACAACGAGCUGCCCAUUUCCCUGCUCCACAGCUCCAACAUGAGGCUGUACAACUGGAGCUACACCCAGUUCUCUCAGUUCAACUCGGAUGACACCCUCCUCCUGGUGUCAGGGGUCUUUGUGGGGCCUCGUAACUCCUCGUCAGGAGAGAUCGCCGUCAUUAGCCUGGAUAACUUCACGCUCCUCUCCAGGGUGAGGAACAAACCCUAUGAUGUGUUUGGCUGCUGGCUGAAUGAAACCAACUUGAUUUCUGGCAACCUGCACCGAAUUGGGAACAUCACCUCCUGCUCUGUGCUGUGGCUGAACAAUGCCUUCCAGGGGAUAGAGUCUGAGAAUGUGAACGUAGUGAAGAGACUGUUCAAAAUCCAGAACUUGAAUGCCAGCACCAUCCGGACAGUGAUGGUGGCAGACUGCAGCCGCUACGAUGCCCCGGACCUGCUCCUGGACUACAAGGAGCAGCUGGCGGCUGCUGCCGCUCCCUACCAGAUCUUUGAUCUUGGCAGUGACAGUGAGGAAGAGGAGGCGAAGCCCAAGCAGAAAAUGAUGGCAGAGCCAGUGGCGCAGGCAUCGCCAGAUGGUGGGAGCGGGACAGCAGAGGACGGGCUGCAGCAGUUCCUGGACGACAUCCUCGAAGGCCGUGUGAUGCCCGUCAUGAGUGAGAGCGAGCUGGAGACGAAGGUGGCAGAGCUGCUUGCCAGGAACAGGACUAAACCGCCUGAGCUGAACCAGCUCCCCACAGAGGCCAGUAACAAGAAGAAAUACUUGAUCUUCACCACAGGAUGCCUCACCUACUCUCCACACCAGAUAGGGAUUAAGCAGAUCUUGCCUCAUCAGAUGACGACUGCUGGACCAGUGCUUGGGGAGGAGAGACGUUCAGAUGAGUUCUUUGAUUCGCUGGAUCAUGUCAUUGACAUCCAUGGUCACAUUAUUGGAAUGGGUCUUUCUCCUGAUCACAGGUACCUGUAUGUGAACAGCCGGUCCUGGCCGCGGGACUGUGUGAUCUCUGAUCCCAUGCAGCCACCCCCCAUUGCAGAGGAGAUUGACCUGCAUGUGUUUGAUCUGAAGACCAUGAAGGAGGUGAAGCGAGCUCUCCGCUCGCACCGGGCCUACACUCCCAACGAUGAAUGUUUCUUCAUCUUCCUUGAUGUCAGCAGGGAUUUCGUAGCCAGUGGGGCAGAGGAUCAUCAUGGCUACAUCUGGGACCGGCACUACAAUAUCUGCCUGGCCAAGCUGCAGCAUGACGACGUGGUCAACUCCGUGGCAUUCAGCCCCAUUGAGCAGGAACUGCUCCUGACGGCCAGUGAUGACACCACCAUCAAAGUGUGGCGCUCCCCGCGCAUUGUGCGCAUCCACCAUGCCAGGAAACCGAAGCCCCGCAAGCUGCUUUUCUCCUGGCUCAUGAACCAGCAGAGCUGAACCAGGGCACCUGUUUGUGCUGCUGCCUCACUCCAGCCACACCCUCUAUUGUGCUUUGGACAGUGGGAGCAUUGAUGGAGAGGAGCUGUGGGCACAAGGCCCUGGAAGGAUCCUACCCCAAGAGAGAACCUUGCACUCCCACUAAUGGUCGCAUCUGACAGAACUGUUACAGUCAGACUGCCCCCACCGUCGCUGCAGGGCAAACUCCCCUCCACAUCACAGGGGCUGCUAGUCAGUCACGCUACUUGCAGCCAAGCUUUGGUCACUGAUCAGCACAGACUGUGGCGGUUUAUUUUCUUCUUGAGCUGGGGGUCUAGCCUCAGAGCUGCUGGCUCAAAGGGGAAUGUCGCAGCACUGCUCUUGUCAUGACAGGGCUGUUUUAUCGCUGUCUGUCUGUCUGUCUGUCCCAUGCAGAGGCGCUGACAGUGUUACUGGUCACCCUCCUCCCAUCUCCUGCAGCCAGGUCUUGAAUGCAGACCGGCGAGCAAGGAGACUUUCCAGAGAGGCUCUUGCUCAAAAAGUGCAAAGCAUUAGGGCACUGGUGCUGGCUUGGUAGCUCUAACAGUCUGCUGAUGGCAGCUAGCAACUUUCUGCCCCACAUCUCCACCUUGGGCCUACCAGAGCCCUUUGGACUGCAGCCAGCUCAAGGCAAGCUUCUGUCGCUGCUUUCCAUUAGCUGCGAGCCUGUGCACCUCCAUCAUUGGCUUCCACACGGGUACGUGGAGAGCUGGGGAGUCACAUAGGAUGGGCCUUGGUGAGCUGCUAACUAACAUUAAGAUGCUCCAGUUGCAUUGCUAAUGUCGUGUUUUCCAGGCAAUCCACUGCAGUGGGAACCUCAGCUUUGUGGUCACCCCUGCAAUGAGGGCAGCUUAUGAGCCAUGAGAAUCUGAGUCCAGCUGUCACGGCAUGAGCCACAAACUCUUGGUAUUUGCUCUGCAGGACAGCAGGCGGCUACGCCAUCCCAGCUGAUGUCUGAGUUGCUCACUGACUGCCACCUGGAUGAGAACUGUCCAAGUGCUCUUCCACUGUGGGUGACUUCUUCCUGCGGUGCUACUGGCUUCCCCCAGCGCCUUUAAGUUCUCAUCUAAAGAGUCAGUCUUUUCUGUGCUCUGUCAUGCUGCACUCUUGGUCUCACUCAAGGCUCCUGGAGCUGGGGGUGAUGAGGCAGCCUGUGGAAGCCAAGACUGAUGGGGGGGCUUCUAAAGCCUACAGCGGGAGAUGAGAGGAAAAUGUCUCACUUCCAGUAGCUGGCCCUGGGUCAGAGCUGAUCCCUCUUUAAGAACUAGUCUUUGUCUCUGAAAGCAUUGGCCCUAGGAUUUUAACUUGGUGUUUUGAACUAGCAUCCUACGUCCAUAGGCCUGGAUUUCUGAGGUGCUGGUAACCUGCAGCUCCCAGUGACUUCAAGCUGCAGGUGCUCAGCAGCUUUGAAAAUAGCAGGCUGGAAUUUUUAGGCCUCUGACUUUGGAAGCAGUGGCUCCAGUCUGUAAAACAAACAGGGGCAGCUGGGGAGGAAGAGGGUUGUAUACUUGUUAGUUGCCUGUACACUCUGCUCAGGCAGAGGCACAAGUCAAACUAAAUGGUGCUUCUGCUGCUUUCUGUUAGUCCUCUGGGCUGCAGCUUUCUGUGCUGCAUGGCCAUGCAGGGUUUUAAUUCCUCUUAAGGGGGCUGGCAAGAUUCACAGUGUUGCUACCCUCCCCCAGCAGCACACGCCAGGGGCUCUGCCGCCCAGAGUUCACAUAACGGGUCUGUCUGCCACUAGCAACGACUUCCCCAGAGAGCAGGGACGUUUUGUUUGCAAAUGGUUCGGAAGACAUGGAUGCUUCCCAUGGAGCUGUUUGAUCACUAAAGAAACUAAAUUCACUCGCCCUGAGUGGGGAUUUUUUAAAUAGCUCUGCUUGUGAACCCUUUUCCUGCUCGCUGGCGCUAGGCUUAACGCACAGUGCCCCAGCCGGCUCCGGCCUGCCUGGGCACGGCCAGGCCCUGAGGGCAGCACGGAGCUUUCUCUUGUUCAAACAUUCUGCUCCGCGCUACAGCACUGAGUAAAGGGCCUGCUCUGCUGUGGCCGCAGUGUGGCUUUCUGCUACCCGGGGUUCGAGCUAGUAGCAUCAAAUGCCUCAUCUCUCAAUGAGGUACAAGCCCAAAACAACCCCCUCUAGCCCAGAGGCAGUGCGCUAGCUGGGUCUGUCCUUGGGAUCCAGAGGGGACGUCAGUAUUGCUCUGCUGAGUGGGGCAGUGCCCGGAAAAAAAGACCCUCCUGACCACCCCCUUCCGGUGAGGGGCCUAGGCUCUAUCUGCCCAUUCAGCAGCGAGCCAGGCACAUUUUAGGCUGAGACCCCCAAAAGCCAGCCCAGGAGGCAGGGACUGAACAGUUAAAAGUGGGCAGUGGUAGCUGCUGCUGGUCCUGCUGUCAGAUUUUCAAUGGGCCCUACUCACAUAGACAAGCCCCUUGCAUGCCAUUUGCCCUGGUCUGGGGAUCGCUGUGGGGCUUAGGCAGCACCUAAGCAUCUGACUGCCUAGAGGAAGCCAACAGGCCCAGGCCCCAAGCUAGCAAUUUUUAGCCUCUACCGCUUUUUGUGGGAGUUUCAUAGAUUGCAGUGGAGCCCAAAGGCAGAUGUAGGUACCAUUUGUGGAGCUUGGUGCUAGGUGGGGAGGGGGGUGAUGUGUGAACAGUAGGGAGGGCUGGAGAAAUGAGCAUGGUGGCAGGGGAGGGGAGCCAGAGCUGUGUUCCUGCCCCAGCAUAGCUAUAGCCCCAUGGUGGUAGUCGCUGCCUGUUUUCCCUUCUCUGAAAGGGGCAAUACAGGUACUUCACAUCGGCCAUUUUGGGGGUGGGUCUUUAGUCAGGUGAGCCCCUUUCUUCUCAGUCCCAUAUGCACUUGUUGCAUCUUAUUUCAAAGUAAGUAAACAGCAGUGUAGGGUCUGUGUCUGAACAGCUCCCAACACCUCGGGGACCCAGCAUGUGCGAUCACAGUAAGAGGGUGGGGGGAAGGAGGAUCAUUUGUCCUGUUCUUUAGCAAAGUAAAUAGAAUGAGGGCUGAGCCCCUCUCCCACAGGAGGCUGUGGCACACAAGGCAUCCCACUUUCAAACCCAUCAAUUUCACAGAAACGGUUUCUAGUUCCCAUUCUUGAUGGUGCUGCAUGUUAUCCCAUUACUGUCCAACCUUCCCUUGGGAUACAAUACUUUAUUAAUGGUCUCACUCAUACAACAGCCCCGAGGACACUUCAUUUCACAGUUAGCACCUAGGCCACUGUGUUUGGACACAUCCAUGAAAGGUGAGAGCCUAGUGCUUAGUCUAGGGAAGGUGUUGCAAAGCUGCUAAUGAAGGCAAUAUUGUUAUGGCUAUGCUAGCACACAGCAAUCCCCAACCAGGUCAGGCCCCUGGAAGACUCAUCAGCUAGAUCAAACUGAAGGCAUUUCCACAAGUGCCAAACAACCCGCACCCUGCGUUCUACACAAACAUGGCCAUGCCUCAGAGGAGACGCCGCAGAAGUAAAACCCCAUCUCUGGUUUAGCUACCUAGUGGGGACAACGAAACGUAUGAUAAUGAACCUGGAGCCUCUUCUGGAGAUGGCUGUAUAAAAAAAUGGAAGUGUUGGGCAACCUUACUGCCGGGCCUCAUUCCUGCUUGCCGUUCACCCGGCUGCUGCCCACUGGAAAGUAGUGUGCCAAUCCCUGGGGGGAGCUGUGUUAGCAUCUCCAGCCAGAGAGCACCUGCUCUGGCUCCACUGGGCUAGUGCAUUAAAGGGGAGGCAAAACUUACACAGCCCCUCUCACCAAACUUGUUCCUUUAUCAUACGACCUCCUCUUCUUACCCUCAGCCACACACUGGCUGCCUGCAGUGCAUGGAGCUCAGCACCUGAGCCUCUCACGCAGGAGCCUGACCUGCUGCACUUCUGUUGGAUGAGCCAUAGAUGUGAUUUGUUUGCUUUUGAAUUUUGCUCCUGAGCAACCCUACAACAAACCCUCAGCACCAAUUCCUCUCCCAUGACAGGUGUACUGGCCUAAGGUUUCUUUCCCUCGCAGGCUUGUGGGUAAAGAGGCUUGAAUUUUACAAGAAUCCUCCCCUGCAAGGCUUAGCAAAAGAUUCCUGUAAAUACCGAUAUGGUGCUGGCCAGGCAGAUUUGCUAGUGUCUUUCAAGGCAGGACAGGUGGAGCUG